AUGCUAUUUGCGAUUCGGAAUUUACAAUCGAUUACAUACUCGCAGCGAGGCCAAACGCUUACGUACGAGUUGCGAAAGCUGAAUCUGAUCAGAAAUGAGAUGACAGUCUUUGUCGGCCAGUAUUACAACUUCAUCUGUACGUUCAUGAUGCAAGCGCAGUGGAAGAAGCUCGAGGAGGACCUGGAGAAAUUGAAGCGUGCUGGAGAGCUAACAAUCGACUCGCUGAAAAAAGCGCACGAUGAAUACCUACAUCAAAUUAAAACUGGCUGCUUGCUCACUAAUGAUAAAUGA